AUGUCGACUUCGCAACUGAUCGAGCUGGCGGGUAUCAUCACGAGGGAGACGGAGAAGUUGGAUAGGUUCCUGAAACAGAGUGGGAGUGCGCAGCCGUCGUUCGAUGUCGAUGGGCCGACCAACUUCCCGAAGAUGAGUGACGAGAUGAAGAGCGCGAGGGAUGAGGUUGUGAGGGCGACGAGGGAGUUGGGGGAUCUGGUUGCGGGACCCACGGAGAAUAUUAGGUGGAUGGCUUGGGAUCAUAACAACUCGCUUUCGCUUCAUGCUAUCUAUCAUUACAAGAUUGCACAAUCGUUUCCUAUCCAUGAAACUGCAACCUUUGCUCAGAUCGCUGAGAAAGUCGAUUUGGAUGAAAUCAAUGUCCGAAGAUUCCUCAGACACGCAAUGACGAAUCGGAUCUUCAAAGAAGUCGAACCUGGUGUUGUGGCUCAUACAGCCGCAAGUAGAGUCCUAGCCGAAGACCAGAUGAUCAACGACUGGGUCGGUUUCUGCGUGGAGGAUAUUUGGCCUGCCGCCUCCCGAGUCGUCGACGCCAUCAACCUCAACCCAUCAGCUAGCGAACCUAGCCAAGCAGGUUUCUGCGUUGCCAACAACACCAUCGACGUCGAGCCCAUGUUUGUUACUUUCGGCAAGUCACCAAAGCGCGCGAAGCGUAUGGGCGGAGCCAUGACUUCUUUAACAGGUGGAGAAGGGUACGAGGUCUCUUAUCUCGUCAACAACUACGACUGGUCUCGCAUCAACGCCUCUUCCGGAACCGUAGUUGACAUCGGUGGUUCUCACGGAUUCGUCUGUAUCGACCUCGCUGAGAAGUACAAGAAGAUGAAAUUCAUCGUUCAAGAUCUACCGAAGACGGUCCAGUCAGCUCCGAAGCUCGAGGGGGAUCUGGGAGAGAGGAUUAAGUUCCAGGUUCAUGAUUUCCAUACUCAACAACCUGUCAAGGGAGCAGAUGUCUAUCUUUACCGGUGGAUCCUACACAACCAGUCAGAUCGAUACUCGAUCAAUAUGCUCCGGCAACUCAUCCCAGCGCUGAAGAAGGGCGCUAGGGUUGUGAUCAACGAUCAUUGUCUCCCGGAACCAGGCACCGAGAGUCUCUGGGACGAGAAGAUCAUUCGUAGUAUGGACUUGGUGAUGUUGACGUUGUUGAAUGCGAGGGAGAGAUCAGAAGGGGAGUUUGAGGAUCUGUUCAAGGCUGCGAGUGAGGGGUUGAGUGGUGGGUUUAGGUUCCUUGGUGCGAAGAGACCGGAGGGGUGUAGGAUGAGUAUUAUUGAGGCGGUGUGGGAGGGGGAGGAUUUUGGGGGGAUUGAGAGCUGA